AUGGUAGUCAAUAUUACACCUGGCAGAUUACCAAGUUUAAGAAAAUAUUGGAAGAAUGGGCAAGAGAUGUUACCGGAUCAAGUCGGUCAACACGACAAGAAGUUUCCAUGUACAGGUGUAGACAAUCACAACACACCGUGGAGCGUUAGAGAUAUAGGAGAAUACAUGCUAUUCUAUGACAGAGAGGAAAUUCCCGAUGGAUGGGACAGCAGUGAAAUGAAUGUCGAUGCUCCCGAGACCUCUCGUGGGACUUGA